AUGAACCUCGGCACCGUGUCCAAGUUCGUCAUCCUGGGCCAGUCGAACCGCCCCGAGCUGCGGCCCCUCCUCUUCGCCAUCUUCCUGUACGUCUACCUGGUGCCUGUGCUGGGCAACGGUCUCAUCAUGGCCGCAGUCAGUCUCAGCGCGGCCCUGCGCACGCCCAUAUACCUCCUGCUGCUGACCCUGGCCCUGGUGGACGUCUUAUGCACUUCCCCCGUCGUAUUCAAGAUGUUGGAGACCACGCUGGGUUGCCGAAAGACCAUUAACUACGGCGGCUGCAUAGUCCAGCUCUUCUUCUUCACCUGGUCCCUGGGGGCCGAGAUGGUUCCCUUCACCGCCAUGGCCUAUGACCGCUAUGUGGCCAUCUGCUUCCCUCUCCUCUAUGCCGCAAUCAUGAGCCGGCAGACUUGCUCCGCCCUCCUCGCCACCGUCCUCCUCAUCGCUGUCACCAAUGCCUGGUCCACAUGGGCCGCCAUCCUCCGCAUCCGGAUGGCCAAGGGCAAGAGGAAGGCCUUCUCCACCUGCUCCUCUCACCUCUUCUACUCCCCUGUCAUCUACACCUACAUCCAGCCCGCCUCCUCCAGCUCCUUCGACAGGAGAGAUCCCAGCGGGCCUAACGUCUGCCUCAGCAACUUCCGGAGGGCCCCCUUGACCUCCUAG